UCCUUUCUUUAUUGCACUGGACUCUGAAGUCUGAACUCCCUGCAAACCCAAGAAACCUCCCCUCCAGUCUCUCUCUCUCUCUCUCUAUGGACAGCCAGAGAGUAAGCCCAGAGGCCCAAACCCUCUCACCCAGUAGCAGCGGGAGACGAAGCAGCUGCUCCGCGUCGCCCGAGUUCGAGUUCUGGAUGAUCCGAAACCCGUCCUUCCCACAACCCAAUCUCCUCUCCGCCGACGAGCUCUUCGUCGACGGUGUCCUCCUUCCUCUCCGCCUCCUCCCCCAACCCGACCCUUCCCCAGAACCCCCCAACGCAAACCCAGACCCAGAACCCCCUAACAAAAGCCCAGACCCAGAACCAGGACCACCCGAGUCAGCAUCCAUUUCAAUCACCGAGUCAAUCGCCUCGUUCACUGGGUCAAAGCGCUGGAGAGACAUUUUCAAGAAAAGCAGUAGUAGUAAUGGUACGAAAAGCUCAGAAGAGAAGGACAAAGAGAAAGACAAAGAGAAAGAGAAGAAGAAGGUAGAGAAAGAGCGAAAGAGUGGGAGCGUAGUGAGCUCGGCCGAGCUGAACAUCAACAUAUGGCCAUUUUCGCGGAGCAGAUCCGCCGGGAACGCCAACACCCGACCCAAGUCCGGCCCCGGGGCUCCGGGUACCCGGAAGGUGAACAGCGCGCCGUGCUCGCGGAGCAACUCGGCGGGCGAGUCCAAGUCGAGGAAGUGGCCUAGCAGUCCGGGCCGGCCCGGGGUCCAUUUGGGUAGGAGCAGCCCGGUUUGGCAGGUCCGGCGUGGAGGAGGCUCGGGGCUGAAGAGCUCCGAGCCUGUGGUUCGGGUCGAGAAAGGCUCCAAAAAGGACGUGCCCGACACGCGCCGUGGCAGAACCGUCGCUAAAGGUGUAGAUGGCCCGCCGAAAGCGAGGGUGUUGAAUUUGAAUGUGCCGAUGUGCAUUGGGUAUAAGCACCAUUUGAGUUGUAGAAGCGACGAGAAUAGCGCCGUUAAUGUCAGUGGCGGUGGUGGAAACAGCAAUAGUCGUAAAAUUACUGAUAAUGGCGUUGGAAAUGGUGGUAAUAUUUUCAACUUGAAGAGUCUAUUUACGAAGAAGGUGUAUUGAGAUGAAUGUAAUUAAUUAACCGUCUCAUUAUUUAUUAUUUCUUUUGAGAGAUUA